AAGCUAUGUCAUUCCCUUUUCUCAGUCUAUAAAUAAUUAAACUGAAAUAUCUCGUAAGACCAUCUUUUGAUUAAUUGAUUUUUCUCCCAUAAAAUUCCUCUGAUUUUAUUACCAAACAACAUCAUCAUCAACAACCUUUCUUCUCUCAAUUGCCGCCGACACCCCGGUGCAAGUAAAGUAUCAGUAUCAUGGGAUCUGUUGAUCAUACUACAACGAACAUUGAAGCUGAAAAGAAGAAAAUUACCGUCAUUUUUGUGCUCGGUGGUCCUGGCAGUGGGAAAGGCACCCAGUGUGCUAACAUUGUUGAGAAUUUUGGAUACACUCAUCUAAGUGCUGGAGACCUUCUACGAGCGGAGAUCAAAUCUGGCUCUGAGAAUGGAACUAUGAUACAGAACAUGAUCAAGGAGGGAAAGAUUGUGCCAGCUGAGGUGACUAUUAGGCUUCUACAGAAAGCUAUUCAGGAGAGUGGACAUGAAAAGUUUCUGAUUGAUGGUUUUCCUCGCAAUGAAGAAAACCGUGCAUCGUUUGAAUCUAUUACAGGAAUAAUGCCCGAAAUUGUUCUGUUUUUUGAUUGUUCAGAGGAGGAGAUGGAGAAGCGUCUGCUAAACAGAAAUCAGGGGAGGGAAGAUGAUAACAUUGAAACAAUUAGAAAGCGGUUCAACGUAUACAUGGAAUCCAGUCUUCCGGUUAUUCAGUACUAUGACACUCUUGGAAAAGUUAGACGGAUUGAUGCAGCAAAGCCAGUAGAUGCUGUAUUUGAGGAUGUCAAAGUUAUAUUUGAGAAGGUUGCUGAGAUUGCUGCCUAGAUGUCUGAAAGUCGACGAAAGUUGUCAGACAUAAAUUGAACGAGAUACUAUAUUAUUGAUGAUAGGAUUUGAGAAGUUUGUAAUGGCUGUGUAAGAUGCAAUACCAUAUGUAUCCUUUAUUUUUGUUCUCCCAUGAUUUGAUGUAAGCAAGAACCAUAAUUUAGAUAAGUUGAUGAAUUACCUUGGAGUUAUGAUUUA